AUGCGUCGACGUAUCCCCCGGGACUCGGUGGGACGUUGUCUGAGGGCUCAGCUUCGGGGAACCAGCGUCUCUCAGUUCCCCCCACUUCGAAUGAUCGGUGUGGUUGACAGGGUGUUUCCCAACAGAGGGUACGGCUUCGUUCAAGCAGCAACCCCUCCAGUGUCAUUGCUAGCGUCACUGACAUCCCCUGCGGGGGCGUCGGCAACAGACGGGGCGAAGUCGAUUUUAUCAAGUCAGCAUCGUGAGACUCCCGCACGGAGGGACCCGACGAGUGUGCGGUUUCCCCUCCAUUCCACCGGGAGUCAUGCUGAUAAGGCGCAAGUACUGCCAGAGAGGGACAUGCCCUCUCCAUCGACUGGGACGUAUGUGUCGUUUUUCGCGACCUGCCAUUACGAUGCGGCGAGGCAGAUGUUUAUGUGGCGGACGCGGGAGUUGACACCGUGCGAUGCCGAGAACGAGCUUCGCGUGGCUUUACGGAGUGUGCGGGAUGCACGGUGGGAUCAUGUGGUGCUUCAAGACGUAGAGAAGGAGAAGCGUCGAAUUGUGUGGAAGUCUUCUGUGGGAAUGCUGCAGUUAACAGAUGCCAACUGCGCAAGUGUUAACGACGGUCGCGACAACUACCGGUCCUCGCAAGUGGAGGACGCUGGUGCGGAGCAGUUGCAGGCUCAACUUGCUCAGGAGAAGAUACACAGACGUUUGCAUCGUCUAAGUGAGGCAACAAGGCGGUUUUUUGUUCGUGAGGAGGAUUUGCGGCAUCCUCUGUUGUGGAUGCGCGGCUGUACGGAGAAUGAGCCGUCUGCUGGUGAGGACGAGGCUUCGACUCGACCUGUGCACGCUCGAGAGAACCGAAAGGGACGUUGGAAGCGUGUGAUGCAUUUGUUGGAGGCUGACAACAGUGUUUGA